UUUGUACACAUGCUAGGCGCUUCUUUUCAGUUAUGUAUCAUAACCUUUCAGAUUUUUACGACGAUAACAGAUAAUUUGGACGUUUCUCUUAUCAAAAUAACGUUUCUCACGUUUUAUACCUUCUUCGUGUUGAUGCAAUUGUAUAUUUAUUGUUAUACCGCUGAAAGACUCUUAACUGAGAGUACCAAUAUGGCAUACGGGGUGUAUGAAUGCAAAUGGUAUAAUAUACCGGCGAAAGGUGCAAAAGACCUGAUGUUGAUCGUAUAUCGAUCUGCGAUUCCGCUUAACUUGACAGCUGGAAAAUUUGGAAAUUUUUCGUUAGAAUUAUUUGGAAUAGCGGUAAAAUCGUCAAUGGGAUAUUUAUCUGCGUUACUAACAAUGAGAGAAUAAAGGAAAUAAUAUCGAAAUAAUUCUGUAUAAUCGACUACAUCAAUUUUUGAAUAAUGUACUGAACAGAUUUACAUGCACUGCCUGUAACAUCACUUUUAUUGAAUAAAUAGAUAUUUGUGUGCAAUCAAUGGAGCUAUUUAUUUGUUUCUGUUGACUAACAUAUCACAGAGUUAAAUAAACAUAUAUA